AUGCCAAGCGUGCUUUUGUCCACUGGUAUGUGGGUGAGGGUAUGGAGGAAGGAGAGUUCUCUGAGGCUCGUGAAGAUUUGGCCGCACUGGAGAAGGAUUAUGAGGAAGUUGGCGUGGAUUCUGUUGAUGCUGAGGGUGAAGAGGAAGGAGAAGAAUACUAGAUGCAUUAUUCUCACAGCAAAACUGAAUGUAUGUUUUUCAACUCAAUAAAGCAGCGGGUUUAUUUAAUUCAAAUUUGUGUUUAUUGACUUUUAUUACAUUUUUUAAUGAUCCUCCGCACGUGACGUAAUUGCGAAAAAUUUGUCAGAAAUCUAUGGCCAGUUGUAUAUCCAAAUUUUAAUCUACCUCCUAGCAACAUUAAGUCAAAAGAAAAGUAUUUAAUGGCUUUUGUAAAAUUAUUCCCUUAUUUCAAUCGUCACCAUUUGACUGCACAUACAAAUUCUUUUCAAGAAGUCAGGAUUAAUUUAGCUCCAUGUUUGCAUUAAUCGUAGGAAAACUUCGUGAACUCACAGAGAACAAGACCAGUUAACAUUCUUUCUACUUUAUUGAGGAACUGUUUAAGGUCUUUUUUGUAAUCUCGUGCCCAGAACUCCAUCUGUCUUUGUAAGUAACUGUGGUGUAUUUGGCAUGUAGCUCAAAGUAGAGAGUUUAAGAUACUACAACUGCUACGGCGGUAAUUAAUACUUCAGCGCGAUUAUCAAAACCCUCUCAAUAUUUUUAAAGAAAAAUCCCUGGGGUAACCUGCGUCGCAGACGUAAUAUAUCCCCGGUUACUAACAUCUACGUAGCAGCGCCAAUUUCCUUGUUCUGGGCCCCCAACGGAGUCAAUGAAUUACCGGAAAUGCGUUUCAAAUUUUCCUUCAACCUGAUUGGCAAAUUGACAAUGGCUUUUUUCCAGGCCAAUCUUGGCACGUACUCAAAUCCUGGUACAGAGGUGGAAAGUUGUUGUUUUUAAACCUAUUAUUUUGUUGAAGUUUUCUUUGCCGUCUUGUCGUUGGAUAUUCGUAGUCAUCACGUGGACGCGCAUGCUCGAUGGAAAAGCAAACGGUUGCUCGCAGUGGUUUCUUUCCCAUCGAAGCGUAGCGUCCGGCCUGGAGAAACCACUGCUCGCAAGGUGGGUUUGCCACCGCCAUCUUGAAAAUUUACUAAAUAUCCCGUGUUGCAUUUCAACAAAACCUCCCCUAGUCCCUCCCUCGGGCUCCACCCGCUGAAAAAAGAGCCCGAGGACUCUGGGUUUUGGAUUUGGAAUUGGGAGUGAAGUUUUCGAACUGGGAGUGGAGUUUGAGAAUUGGGAGUGAAGUUUUCGAAUUUGUAGGCAUGUUUUCCAAUUUAGAGUGAUGUUUUCGAAUUCGUAGUGGAGUUUUGGAAUUAGGAGUGGUGAUUUUAAAUUCGGAGUAUGUUUGCGAAUUCAGAGUGAUGUUUUCAAAUUGGAAGUGACGUUUUCGAAUUCGGAGUGAUGUUUUUGAAUUCGGAGUGGAGUUUUCGAAUUCGGAGUGAUGACUUGGAAACUGGAGUAUAGAUUUGGAUUUCGGAGUGAGUUAUUAGAAUUCGGAGUGUGUUUAAAGAUAAGGAGUGUAAUUUUUAUUUCGGAGUGCACUUGUGGGCCACCGCACAUAACCCACUCGGCUACCCUGAAAUGGCGCCCUCUCUGCGUGCGGGUUGUUAAUUGUUUGAUUAUUUAUAGUUGCAUGUCAGACAAUGAAUUAUGCACCGUUAAAGUUUCUAGAAUGUAGAAUGUGUUCGUCAUUUACUUGUUUUUUUUUUUCCUAGUUAUUGAGGUGUUUUCAGCAAAUUCUAAGUAAAAAGUAGGAGCAAAAUCUCUGCAUUUCUUGAUAACAUACGCAUAGUUUACAAAACUAGCAUAAUUUAUUGGCAUAAUUUUAGAAAUAAACGAGCACUGCUAUAAACAAAACAUUAGCCUGAUAAGCUCUGCAUCAUUAGAAUAUUAAUAGCCCUCUACAAUGCCAUUGAUAUGUCGUCAUGACGACGCACUGCAGGACCAGGGACUGUGAAACAAUCCUCUUUUUGUUUCUCUUAUUGAACAGAUUUUAUGAUGAUGUCAAUACUUGGUGGUUGCUAUGUGACAAAUAAGUUUGUUAUAAACCGCACAAGUCUCUGACAACCGUUAUUGCAUUGGUUUUCUUCGCUUAAGAGACGUCACCUUCUCUUCGAAGAACAAAAAAUCACACUUCAAACGCUAACUAAGAUCACUUUUCGUGGCAAAAUCAUCCAUUUAAAUCAAAAUGGUAAGUUUAACGGUCUGUUUUCCAUAUUUUCUAAGAUAACUUAGUCCACCAAAAGAGUUGAGUGCGCUAAUUUUCAUGAACUUUCGACACUUCUAAAACGGCAUUCACCGCUCCGGCACGGAUCUGUCUGUUCGAGUGCGUAUUACUCUGUGCUUUGCAGUAAUUCUCAUACCCCCGAUCACCGAAAAAAAAAAAAUGAUUUGACUGUGACUAUUCCGGGGCACUUUUAAUUUGGUCUUAAGUUUGGUUUUUUUUCCAUUUAAUAUUUAAAAAAAUGAUUUUGGCGCCUAAUUACACAAUCAACCCCGAUUAGUAUUUCCGAGAGAGAUAUUCUGCUUCAAAAAGUUAUAGGGCGCAAGCGUAUAACCAAAUAACAAAAACUGAUGUCUUUAAAUGGUUUAACCAGCCAUUUGGAUAGAAUCUAGUAAAAUUAUACCAAUUUACAGCAUGGUUUACUAACUGAUGCCAGUUUUAAACAUGAGCUAGUAUGACGGUUCCCUCAUCAGGAUUCAAAUCUCAAAAUAAUUUGCCGUUCAAGUAAAAAAGGAGAAAAUGGCUCCUUAUAUACAGUUUCAAAUAUAAUAAGUAGAAUUAAAGAUUUCUCUGAAAUACACUCAGUUUUGAUUUAUUUGAUCACCUUCAUUUCAGCGUGAAUGUAUUUCAGUCCACGUUGGUCAAGCCGGUGUUCAAAUUGGAAAUGCGUGUUGGGAGUUGUACUGCUUGGAGCAUGGCAUUCAGCCUGAUGGCCAGAUGCCGAGCGACAAAACCAUCGGCGGUGGUGAUGAUUCCUUCAACACGUUUUUCAGUGAAACUGGAGCGGGAAAACAUGUUCCUCGCGCUGUGUUUGUCGAUUUAGAACCCACAGUUAUUGGUAGGCGUUCGGUGUAUUCUUGAAACAGUUGAAAGUUUCGAUAUUUCUGAAUAUACUUUAAUAGAGCGUUAAAUUUUAGUCUCAGUUUGACUUUAAUUCUACUCUAAGUGGUCAAGUGACUUUCAAGGCCACCGAUCCGAGAAUUUUUGCUGUUAUGGUACUAUGGCCGAUUUGUUGCAAACCCUAAGCAACAUGAGUAAUUAUUAGCAAACUUACCGUGGACCGUUAUACAUCGAUGCACUGGUCCCUAAACUCGAGAACAGCUAAUGUAAAAAUUUCUCCUCGAGUGAUUUUCUAUCUUUUAUCACAUCUAAGCGAAGACAACUAAUAAACUAAGUCUGCCUGGGAACACAACAGCGUUAUGUGCUGACGACUGCAAAACAUCUAGAGUGAUAAAACUGUUCUUCAGACCAAUGUGAGUCAGAUCUGGACAAUUUUUGUGCCUGGAGUCAUGACAGCAAAAUCUAACGGACUUUAAAUGUAAAUUGAUCCGUAUCACCAUGAAAAGUAUGCCUCUUUUUUUUUACCUUAAGCUCAAUGACAACAUUCCAAAAAGAAACUUUUGAAUUCUGUGAUCUUGGCUUAGUCACCGGUAACAAACUGCCCUGGAAUGCUCAUGUUGAUAAAAUAUCUAGUAAAGAAAACAAGUUUGUUAGUCUUAUUUUAAAAAAGGACUUGCAAAGGUCUGAAUGAUGUUGCCACUGUAAGAACUCAGCUGUAUUGCCCCCUGGUAAGGUCCCAACUUGAGUACUGUCCUAUCGUGUGGCACGAAAAUUUUGCGGGAAUUUAUUAUUGCGGAUGGGUGACUUUUUGUGUUUUGCGGGAACUGAGUUUUGCGAUUAUGACACAUUGGUUUUUCUUGCUGGGAAUUAAUAUUUGCGACUUUCAGAAAGUACCCAGUACACAGCAUUGAUAAUAUAAUAAUAAUAAUCAACUUUAUUUAACGAGGGUAACACGGGGCAGAACUUUAACUGAACAACUAGUGGCCCUUAAAAAAAACCGAAGUGGAGAAAGGUUCAAUAAGGUUAGAAAGGAGAGAUUACGGCACUCGUAUGAUGUUUUGUUUUCUUAUAAAGUUCUUAAUGCAGGGUACAUUAAUAUAGAUAUGCCUCCUCUUAUUCAAUUUUACUCAGAUUCUGUUAGGUACUCUCUGAGAGGUAUAGCCUGAGUAUCAGGCCUUCCUACGGGGCAAGGGGAGAGGAGAUUUUAGAUGGGGGAGGGGGGAGGGGGAGAAGAGAAAGGAAGGCCUGACACAAAACCAUUCAGCAAAUUCUUUCCUUCACCUCUCUUCCUUUUUCGCUUCCAUUUUUCCCCUUUUCCCCAGAAACGCCUGAUACUCAGGCUAUGAGAGGUAGGGAUGAUUUUGUACUUAGACGAAUUAUACUAAGACUGAAACUUACAAAUCUAGCUUUUUUGAUGGAAUGAACGUGCUACAAGUAUUUGUAGUUUUGAGAAGGGAGUAGCGGACUUGUUGUCUACUCGAUAAUCUCUCGAAUAUUAUUAUUAUUAUUAUUUUAUCUAUAUAAUUCCCUUUUCUUCCAUUUUUCUUAUUUUUAAAGUGGUCGGACUCACAUGGGGGUCUAUGAAUCUUUUUGUUGACCAUCCUUAUGGCAUUCUUCUUUUCUCUCGUAUUUUGUUUCUUGAAUGUUUGCAUGUAACAGGCCAUCAAAUUGUAAAAAAUAAAGAUUCUUUAUAAUUUUUUCUUACAGAUGAGGUUCGGACUGGCACUUACAGACAGCUUUUUCACCCAGAACAGUUGGUAACCGGAAAAGAAGAUGCUGCUAACAACUAUGCUCGUGGACACUACACUGUUGGAAAGGAGCUCAUUGAUAUUGUUUUGGACAGGAUCAGAAAACUGGUCAGUAACUUGCCGAACAUUUUUUUUUUCCUUAAUGUUCUGUUUCAAAAAAACUCAACAACAACAAGUAGUUCCUUUCGCUCUAUUAACAAAUUGAUCUGUUCUAUUCUCACCAGGCAGACCAAUGCACUGGCUUGCAAGGAUUCCUUAUCUUCCACUCCUUUGGUGGAGGUACUGGUUCUGGCUUUACAUCUCUUCUCAUGGAACGUCUGUCUGUCGACUAUGGCAAGAAAUCCAAAUUGGAGUUUGCUAUCUACCCAGCACCUCAGGUUGCAACAGCAGUGGUUGAACCUUACAACUCUAUUCUGACCACUCACACCACCUUGGAACAUUCUGACUGUGCCUUUAUGGUGGAUAAUGAAGCUAUUUACGACAUCUGCCGUCGUAACUUGGACAUAGAAAGACCAACUUACACCAACCUGAACCGUCUGAUUGGUCAGAUCGUAUCCUCCAUUACUGCUUCACUGCGCUUUGAUGGUGCACUGAACGUUGACUUGACUGAGUUCCAGGUAACUACAUCAUGAUUUGAAUUAUUUCUGGCUCCUUAGUGGUGUCUAGUUCUAAAAUUUUUUUUUUCAUUCAAAAUAUUGAUCCUUUUUGAUUGGCUUUUAUCCCUUGACUAAUUCUUCGCAAUCAGCUUGCACCGAUCAAAAUUGCAAUUAUUGGGGACGGAGUCAAUGAGGGAAUAAAAGCAAUUUUGCACCAUUGACGUUACGAAAGACAGCGGCGAGGUGAAAGGCUUCACAACUAUGUGAAGACGAAAUAGCCGCAUCGUUGACUAAAUAUGAUUUCAAAAAUAAGCAAACAUAUCACUUGGUGGAACUUCAGAGGAAGAAAUCACCUCAGAUUGGGUGUCUUGAUUUAGUGAGCCUGUGUACAGACGCCCCCCCCCCCUCCCCUCAGAAAAAAUCGGGGAGAGAGACUCCACGUCUUUUUUUCAGGGCAGGGGGUGUCUGUACAUGGGCUAUGAUUUAGCAACAAAGUAAAUGUAAGGCCGGAGAAUAGUGUAGAGAAUGCGCCUGUUGAUAGGACUUAGAGUCUUAAGUUAAGGCUUUUGUCUUUAUUUUUUCUAGACCAACUUGGUUCCAUAUCCACGUAUUCACUUCCCACUGGCCACUUACGCUCCAGUUAUCUCUGCUGAAAAAGCCUACCAUGAACAGCUGAGUGUUGCUGAAAUCACUAAUGCCUGUUUUGAGCCAUCCAAUCAGAUGGUGAAAUGUGAUCCACGUCAUGGCAAAUACAUGGCUUGCUGUCUGCUGUACCGUGGUGAUGUGGUACCCAAGGAUGUGAACGCAGCUAUUGCGACAAUCAAGACCAAGAGAACCAUUCAGUUUGUAGACUGGUGUCCAACCGGCUUUAAGGUUGGUAAAGCCGUCUUAAUUGUUUUGAAAUCAGUUUGCGUAUUCGUAUAUGUUUCACAUCCUAGAAAAAGGCAUGUUGUAAUCUUUUUUUUCAAUCAAUUUAUUUUUCAGGUGGGCAUCAACUACCAGCCUCCCACAGUUGUUCCUGGUGGUGACUUGGCUAAGGUUCAGCGUGCUGUUUGUAUGUUGAGUAACACCACAGCUAUUGCUGAGGCCUGGGCCCGUCUGGAUCACAAGUUUGAUCUGAUGUAUGCCAAGCGUGCUUUUGUCCACUGGUAUGUGGGUGAGGGUAUGGAGGAAGGAGAGUUCUCUGAGGCUCGUGAAGAUUUGGCUGCUCUGGAAAAGGAUUAUGAGGAAGUUGGUGUGGAUUCUGUUGAUGCUGAGGGUGAAGAGGAAGGAGAAGAAUACUAGAUGCAUUAUUCUUAUCUGAUAUAUUGACAGCAAAACUGAAUGUAUGUGUUUCAACAAUAAAGAAGCAGGUGUUUACUUCAAAUUUGCAUUCGUCACCUUAUUGAUAUUAAUUACCUUAUUUAUGUUAAUGAUCCUCCGCACAUGAUGUAAUUAGGAAAAAAAUUGGCCAGUUGUUUAGAUAUUUAAGUACUUAGCUGUGUCGUAUGGAUAGAGCGGAAACGAGUCGAACAGGGUAUAUCCCAUUUUAAAUCUACCUACUGUAGGAUCAUAAAGUUAAAAGAAAUGUAUUAAAAGGCGUUUUUUCUCAGACGUAGGAAGAUAAACAAUAGAAUGAAGCUUAAGUAUGUGCGAUUUCGUUGGCUUAAUGGUGGAAAGCAUAGAGACUACAGUGUAUUUGUGUAUUUUUGGUUCACGCGACUAUAACCCAAAGGUAUCCUCUCGCCCCAAUCCCCCUCCCUUUUUCCCCUCCUCCAGAUCCCCUAGCCUGUUUGACGCCUGCUAUGCAGGCUAUAAUAGUGACCGCUUUCUUAUCACGUUUAUAUUAUCCUCUUGACCUUGUUACAACAGUGUACCAAUCGUUAUGGUUCAUCGUGAGUCUUUCAGAGUGUCUUUUGGAAAGGAAACAUCUUAGUACAUGUAUAUGGUAACAAAAUGGAAAAAUCCUGGGGACAAGGUUGACAACAUAAUUCGUCCAUAAUCCAUUCUUUGCCCUCUGCCAUUCCCCUACCCUGGGUGUUAGAGACUUUUAUAGCGCCGACGAAGGCCGACACUGAAGAUUCCCAUCGCUCGCGAGAAAAACCUCUUCUAUCCAGGGCACCAUUCCGUCGUGUGAGUUUCCACAGGUAACCCAAGCGUUAUAUAACUGGGUUUGUACGAGAUAACACUUAGGGCCUGUUAACAUGGAGGUUGGGGACCCCAGUUUGGUGAGGUAACCCGCUUAGAUACGCUGGGUGGGGUAACCUGAGUUUCCAUAUAAUCACUCGUUUUAAUCACCUCUCCUUGUGAACAGGCCCUUAGCCUACCAAAAUAGAGUGAAAUGGGUUUAAUAUCAUAAGUGACAAAUUACUCCUUAAUUUUGGCGGGGAAAAAAAUUGGCAUGUCGUAAUCGUGCAGUGACGGCAAAGAAAUGUACAAAAAAGCUGGAUGCACGUGCAAAGUAGUAGAUAGUUGCCGUAGCUGACGUGACAUCGUUAAAAACUCCCUACUAACCUGGGGCAUCCACCGACCGAAUGUGUCCAAAUAUACAUCUAACCUGAGGUCAGGCCCAAUUUUAGCAGCUUUCAAACAUUGUCUCUUACGAAGUUAGAGCCUGCUCUCAGUAAGCCUGUUCCAGGCGUUCAGAUCGUGGUGACGGCGCAAAAAGAUGUGAGCAGAAAAAAAACAGCGAGGGGUGGGGUACUUACUUACUUGGCACCGCACUCUAUUAUCCAAACUCCUGGAGCAGGCUAGAUCGGAGGUUAAAAUAAAUCAGAAGUGUCUCAAUUGGUUUUCUCUGUGCUUAAGAAGCGGAUUUCUAUUUAUGGAGAACUUUGGUUGUCUCGAAAGUUUUUAUUAGCUUUUUCUCUCAUCAUGCAGAAACUAUUACCUACCAUGAAAAGUCAAAAGUCAAAAGUUCGAGGACAUGGAGCCUGAGCAAUAUCUGCUCCUUCGAACAUUUAUAUAUUUUACAGAAAAGAAAAAAGUUGUGGAUGCUCCUGACUAACUCACAAGGAGCGAGUGCGACUUUGUACUAGACUAAUUUUUCAUUUUUUUUCCCAACCCUUGUGGAAAGUUUUUAAUUUUUAAUUUAUUUAUUUCAUUCAUUUUUUUAUUUACUUUUUUUUGGUGCAAAUUGAAUAUCAAUUACCAAGGAAAUACACGUCUUUGAUUUAUUAGGAAUUUGAGUAAUUUUAAUUUUCAGUGGACAAACACUUUGUACCAAAUUAUUUCAAGCGUCCUGCAUUCUUUUUUCUCCUGCGAGGGCUAUAAAUGUAAUAAUUCAAAUGACUUGAAAUAACUCCAAAGAAAAGGUUCUUAUAGGAGCCCGAGAAAACAAACUUCAAAAGCUUCAAAUUUCACAAAAUGGAAUCUUACGAGUUGGUUUUCUCAACUUCUGGAAAUUUGAAUUUUAUUUAUUCUCGGCUCCCAUAAGAAAUUGUCAAGUUUGGUGUUAUUACAGAUAACUAAUUAAAUCUGUAGCCCUUGGAAAAUGUAAAAAAGAAUGCGAUAUUCUGGUACAAGGUUUUUGUCCACUGAAAAUUAAAAUUACUCAAUUUCCUGGUUCCGUGGAGUGACUGGGAACGAUUGCUCUCGAAGGCCAGGCCUCAUGGCCCAUAGGUCCCAAGGGACCCAUUUGAUGUGAAUAGUUUGACGGUUGCUACGAAACACACCCUAAAUGAAACAGCUACAAAAAGGGAACGCGCCCAGAUUUGCAUGAUACUAAGACAACCGUUGCUGGUCUUCGUUCCUCAAAGGCGUCACCUUGAAGAAGAAGACUACUGUUCAAUUCCAAAAAUUCGACUCAUUCCGAGUUUUGUUAUCAAGUUAACUCUCUAAAUCAAAAUGGUAAGUGGAAACGUCUUGACUGAAAGGUGUCUGAGGUAGUUCUGCGAUUUUUACCGGAUAGAUUUUGAUCGUUUUCGUGCUGCGGGUGGAUUUCGAAAUUGCAUUCUUCAGUGCACGCGCUCGUAGUAUUCAACCGUUCUGUCUCCAGUACAUAGAAGAAAAUCUGAAAACAUGGUACUGUUUCUUUUAACAGAAUUCUUGCUAGUUUUGGAUCGAAAUUUGUGCAAUUCAUGGGUUUAAUCCCGAAGAAAAAGAUCGUUCAGACCUUUCGAGAAGUCCGCCAUUUUAUAAUUUGUAACAAUUCGCCACGAAUCGAACCUUGAUUCCAAACUCAGAGACGUUGCCUAUCAUGCCGUACGCCUUCUUAACCGAUGGAAAACGGUAGCUUUGAAGGAAGCAAUAACAAGUCGAGUAAUCAAAGUUGUCGGUAGUGACGUAUUUUAAUUAAAAUAUUCCCUGAUUUUUUACAGCGUGAGUGUAUUUCUGUCCACGUUGGCCAAGCCGGAGUUCAGAUUGGAAAUGCUUGUUGGGAGUUGUACUGCUUGGAGCAUGGAAUUCAGCCUGAUGGCCAGAUGCCGAGCGACAAAACUAUCGGCGGUGGUGAUGAUUCCUUUAACACAUUUUUCAGCGAAACUGGAGCGGGAAAACACGUUCCUCGUGCUGUCUUCGUAGACUUGGAACCCACUGUUGUCGGUAAGAAAAUACUUGCUUGAAAACCACAUGAAAACUUGACAAGGUCAAUUUUUAGUUUAGAAAUGUAAAUCACGGAUUUCAUGAGUCUGCUUCUUCUGUGAGUUGAGUUGGUAAAAUUCAAUUUUUAGUCGCCGAUGUUAGAAACAAAGAAAUUUCGUAAAGCUAGGCUUUGGUUAAUUAUUAACGAAAGUUUGCCAUUGCGGCCAGCCCGAAAGAAAAUUAGUCGAGUUUUGUCCUUUUUUCACUCUGUUUAGUGUUGUAAAACAUCCUAUUUUGUGGAGUUUUUUCUAAGUAGCACCGUUGUUAUAAGACUUGGUAAUGUUGUUUGCCUUUUACCCUUAGCAACAGCAGACCGUCCUCGGGAUACGACAAAGGAAAUGUGUUAUUUCUAUUGUCUUUACACCAGGCUGUUAAGCAAGACUUAAGAGCCGCUAAGUUUUACUUAACCAAAAAUUCGUGUGUGAAGCCCUAAGUAAGAUCUCAAGUAGCUUUGCUUUGCAUCUCAUUAAAGUCGGAAAGUUGAAACGAUUCAAGAAAGUUUCAAGCGACUUGAAAACCAUCCUUAUGACCGACUUAGCUGACUUGCGGUUUUGCGGUUUCUUGAGCUUUGAGAAAGGCGAGACAUGUCAAUCAAUCUCACUUUUGUUGCGUGGGAAAAUAACCUCAAGUAAAAAAGAAUCGGUAGUGUGUGAAGCUUUAUUUUACUUGAAGUAAUUAAAAUUUACUUGUCUUGAAAUAUGUCUUAGCUUAUUUAGGCUCCAGUGUAAAGACUACCAGUGACUUUCGAACUUAAUUGAGUAGUCAAUAAAGGAAUGGUCCCCAAUGUAUAUAAUUUUUUUUGUUACAGAUGAGGUUCGGACUGGCACUUACAGACAGCUGUUUCACCCAGAGCAGUUGAUAACUGGCAAAGAAGAUGCUGCUAACAACUAUGCUCGUGGACACUACACUGUUGGAAAGGAGCUCAUUGAUAUUGUUCUGGACAGGAUCAGAAAACUGGUCAGUAACUUGCCGAACAUUUCUUCAGUUUCAUUUAUGUUCUGUUAAAAAAAAACAACCACAACAACAAGUAGUUCCUUUCGCUCUAUUAACAAAUUGAUCUGUUCUAUUCUCACCAGGCAGACCAAUGCACUGGCUUGCAAGGAUUCCUUAUCUUCCACUCCUUUGGUGGAGGCACGGGUUCUGGCUUUACAUCUCUUCUCAUGGAACGUCUGUCUGUCGACUAUGGCAAGAAAUCCAAAUUGGAGUUUGCUAUCUACCCAGCACCUCAGGUUGCAACAGCAGUGGUUGAACCUUACAACUCCAUUCUGACCACUCACACCACCUUGGAACAUUCUGACUGUGCCUUUAUGGUGGAUAAUGAAGCUAUUUAUGACAUCUGUCGUCGUAACUUGGACAUAGAAAGACCAACUUACACCAACCUGAACCGUCUGAUUGGUCAGAUCGUAUCCUCCAUUACUGCUUCACUGCGCUUUGAUGGUGCACUGAACGUUGACUUGACUGAGUUCCAGGUAACUACAUCAUGA